ACGAGGAAGGAUUAGAGAUGAGGAGGGGUUCCCGGGUAGGGGGGAGGUCAGUGAGGAGAGGAGGCCCCCUGGGGAGGAGUGGGAAAUGGCCACGGGAGCCUGGGGGGGGGGUGGUCCUCGGCCCCGCCCAGCCGCCCACCUUCUUGCCAGGCCUGGGCAAAUGGGGUGGGGUAGGGGGAAGGGUACGGACAGAAUGACACCCACGUGGGGCCCCCCGCUGGAGGCCGGGCUGCUCGGAUGAGAGCCGUAUCCCCCGAAAGGACAGAAUCUUUUCCCGGAGUGGGAACCUCGGACGCCCUAUUCCAAGUGCGCCCCGAGCCACCACCUGUCAAUCUUCAUCCCUAUUUACGGGCCUAGAAAGAGGAGUAGCCAAUAGAAUGUCGCCUGACUUCCUCCGAAGUCCCGUCCCCCAGGAAAACCCCGCCCACGAAUGGACGAGGGCGGUAUCAGCGCAAGCGCACUUGGGCGCGGCACCUCGCGGCAGUUGGAAGCGUCGGGGCCGCUCCCUAUCCCGCCCCGGUGCUUCCGCCAAAAGGGGCGUGCCAGAAGGGGUUGUUGCUUAGCGACGGACAGCGCCGGCUCCGAGGCGGGAGAAGGGAAAGGUAGGGUUCGAGGAGGUGGCGGUAGUGGCAGUGGCGGCGGUGGAAUGGACAACAGCCUAGCCGUAUUUUCCUUCCGGGUCAGCAAACCCACGCCCCCAAGGAGGCGGAGCCAUUACCACCCGUCCUCUGAGCGAGAGCGAGGCCGCGGAGGCGGGGCCCAGACCGUGGUCCUAAGUCCAUCACGACCACGUCAGCUCAGCCCCCCACCCUCCUGUCCAGCCCCGCUGUCCCCAGAUUUUGAUGAGUCAUGGCCUUCAACUAGCCUUUCCUCCCCCUCUGAUCCACCAGAAGGACAGACAGAGCAGUUAGGAGACUCUGUGCUUGCCAAGUACAUGGCUCGGUUCCGGCAGGCUCAGCCCACCAGCCGCCAAGAGCGGCAGUCAGCAGGCCCCACCGUUGCCGAUUUUUGGUGGCUGCAGCCCCCAGCCCUGGGCUGUGCUGCUUCUUCAGCAGGUGAGGAGGCUGGAGGAGGCCCAACCCAGACCAUGCUGCAGGGGGCUGGAUUAUCAAGGAUGGAAGCCUGCCCUGCAGGACCCCUUGAGGGCCGAAUCUCUCCACUGGAAGCCUCGGACACAUCGGCAUUGGACCUCAAGACCCUGAGUCUUCAGGACAGGGCAGCCCAUCUUCUCCUGCGGAGUGAGAUUUCUUCCAGCAGCAGUGGCAGCAGUAAUGAAGUCACCUCCAUCCCAGUCAGCUCCGAGGGCUUCCCCUCCCCCUCAACACCCUUCACCUCUGACCCUGGACCAGGCCCCCACCACGGGGAACCAGCCCCAUUGACAAGAAACCAGGUCCCUCUCCCACCUGUGGCCAAACCAGAGGAUGACAUUCUCUUCCAGUGGCGUCUCCGGAGGAAGAUGGAGCUGGCCCAGGAGGACUGUGCAGAUGGGCCCCAGGUCACCAUGACUAUGACCCACGGUCAGCCAAAGCCUCACCAGAUACACGCCCCAGGACCUGUUGUUGCCAACCAGCUGAACUCUCUAGCCCCACUCAGCAACCCUCAACCCAGUCCCCCAGCCCCUCUCAGCCACCCCCAGCAGGGCCCCCCAAUUCUACUCUAUGGGCCCCAGCAGGGCCCCCCAGUCCCCCUCUAUGUUACCCAGCAGAGCCCCCCAGCCCCUCUCAGCCACCCCCAACAGGGCCCCCCAAUUCCUCUCUAUGGGCCCCAGCAGGGCCCCCCAGUCCCCCUCUAUGUUACCCAGCAGAGCCCCCCAGCCUCUCUCAGCCACCCCCAGCAGGGCCACCCAGUCCCCCUCUAUGUUACCCAGCAGAGCCCCACAGCCUCUCUCAGCCACCCCCAGCAGGGCCACCCAGUCCCCCUCUGUGGGCCCCAGCAGAGCCCUGCUGUCCUCUGUCCACAUAAGCUAAGCCCCUCAGUUUCCCUCAGUAUUCCCCAGCCAAACCCACCAGUCCCUCUUGGUCUUCCCCAGCCAUGUCCUCCAGUCUCCCCCUAUACCCACCUGAGCUCUGUGGUGCCUCUUUGUACCCCUGAACCCAGCCCUCCUGCCCCACUUUGUGCCUCCCAGCCAAGCCCCCAGCCCUCAGUUCCAAAUUCCCUUGCUACAUGUGUAAGCCCUUUCCCUCUCCACUCUGGCUCCCCAGAAACAGGUUGCAAAAGAUGCCAGUCUGGGGCCUUUCAGCCAAGUUCUAGGGGCCCCUCUGAGACUAAGAGGCAGGACCACAAACCCAGAAAGGCCCGGAACCCAGACACCAAAAGCCAGGGUCCCAAGCCAGAGCCAAGGCCAGGGCCGCCAUUGAGGGGGGCCCUCGAGCAGGUGGUGGCUGCUCGUCUUUUCCCAGGAUGCUCAGAAGACUCCCCCUCCCCCUGUGGGGCUCCCCCUUCUCCUGCUGAGACCCCCCUCCCUCCAGCUGAGGCCCCACCCCCUAGGGAAUUGCUAGCUUUGGCUUCUGGGUUACUGGAAGCUGCGGAAGACUCAGAUGGGACAGACUUUGAAGAGGAUGCCCUGCUACAGGUGCUUCGGGCCAGGCGGUCAGAGCUUCGAUCAUACUUAAGGGAGGUCGACAAGCGCCUGUCCAAGCUCUCGGACCCGGAGAACUUGGGGCCCCCAUUCCAGCCAGCGGGAAGGCUGGGCUCCCCUGAGGAGAGCGCUGGCAGACGCAGGAUUGAGGAAUAAAUACAUGUUCAAUAAAUUGCGUCCGAGGGUUGCCUUCUUCAGGGAGGGGGUGGGGGGGGGCAGAGCCUGGGGCCCCACCGGGCGCCUGCCCCCAGGAUGCGCCAUACCCCGGCCAGCCCCUCCCCUGGGGAGGAGAAGGGAAAGUAAACAGAUUGUGCCUGCGGAAGCGGCCGGGGACAUUUGGGAAGCGGGGCGUGUAGGGAUCGAGGGGUGUAGGUCGGUGUCAGGAAGGAGAGGGGAUGGUUUGCCGAGACGGGCGAGCCUCAGGAGCCACCCUCCUCGUUUUACAGAUGGGGAAACUGAGGCCCAGCGAGGUUCAGGGAACUAAAGCCCCGGUUCAGAGCCAGGUGCUCGGACUCCGGUGGACGGCUCUCCCCUCACGUGCCGCCGUGCCGCCCCUCCGGGAGGUCCGGAGGACCCCGGGGCCAUCCUCCCCUCGGAGUUCAGCCCACCCUCUUUCCCCCUCCACGAGAAGCCGCUUUGUUUGACAGCCGGUCCGGACAGCUUCCCUAGGGGGCGGGGCCGAGGGGAGCCUUGGCCAAUG